AAGCGAGAGCGGGUGUCACUGUGGUGUGGAACAACUGCGCAUGCACUCAUCAUGCGUUGAUGAGUUGCACCGUUGCGUUCUCCCGACUACGACAACAACACGAUGAUGGAGGCCCUAAUGGAAGACUGUCUCAUCCGUGGAGACUCAUCCCAGCUGGUGUCUGUGCUCCGCAAAGAAGGCAUGACAAACGGAAUGCUUACCAGACUGGCCCAGCUGGUCCAGAAGCAGUUGAGCGGGACUGCGUAUGACAAAGUGGCCGUCGUCUUGAAGUCUUUGGAGAUUCUUGUGGAAAACAAAGAUGACCUGAAGAUGCUGCUCGGCCUCGGAGUCAUUUCCAAAGUUUUGUUGUGGUUCCAAACAUUACGUGACGUCUUGAUCACCAACCCCCAAAGAAGCUCCGCCCAGCUCCUGACCCUUAUCGAAAGCUUCUACGACUUCCUGCUUCUGCUGAGUCAGUCGCCUCUACCAGUCACUCAGCUGUCCGUGCUACUUUUGGAGUUGCUUCAAAUGGUUCUGGAGCCCGAAGUCCCCUUCACGCUAAGAUUGGAGGCCAUCAGAACCUUCAACAGCAUCCUGGAGUCUGUUAGCAGAGGUCAAAGGAGGCGGGUCCAGAUGGAACACACACACAUGCAGAAGAUGUGA